AUGUUGGUUUCAAAAGAUAAGCUAGUAGUACACCUUCUAGGCCACCAGCCCUGGAGGGAGCCCUGGAAGCGCGGGGACUUCUUCCCAGCAGCUCGUGGCGUUGGUGUGGCGCGCGCAGCAACUGCAAUCCACCCCGCUUCUGCCCUGCCCAGCAAACUGAACCUACCUGCUAUGGAGGCCGCAUCAUAUGCGACCGCCUGUGCGCUAACCCAUCGCUCAUCACGCUGCAGGAACACAGAAUCUACAUCAUUCUGGCCUGUCCCCGAUCUCCGACUCGCUGACGAGAGCCACCACGUUUCUGGGGCGGCUGGUGCCACACAUCACCCGACGACAACGCGCCUGUUCCGUGCUGUCUGCAACUCCUCAACAAAUUCUCGCCUACUCAUCCUUCCAGACGGCCACUUACCCUUCAUCAUGUCACAGUCGCCCAUGAUCUCGGUGCCGGUCAAGGCCACCAACGAAAUUGACUGGGUCACGCCACUCAAGAGCUACAUCCGCAACACCUAUGGUGACGACCCCGAGCGCUAUGCCGAGGAGUGCGAGACCCUCAACCGCCUGCGCCAAGACAUGCGCGGCGCUGGCAAGGAAAGCACCUCAGGCCGGGAUAUGCUCUACCGCUACUACGGUCAGCUGGAGUUGCUCGACUUGCGCUUCCCCAUUGACGAACAACACAUCAAAAUCUCCUUUACAUGGUUCGAUGCGUUUACCCAUAAACCCACGAACCAAUACUCGCUUGCGUUUGAAAAGGCCUCCGUCAUCUUCAACAUUUCCGCCAUUCUCUCCGCCCACGCCGCCCUCCAGAACCGCGCCGACGACUCGACCCUCAAGGUUGCAUAUCACUCCUUCCAAGCCUCCGCUGGCAUGUUCACAUAUAUCAACGAAAACUUUCUUCAUGCUCCUUCUUUUGACUUGAGCAGGGAGACUGUCAAAGCACUGAUCAAUGUCAUGCUUGCCCAGGCGCAAGAGAUCUUCAUCGAGAAGCAGUCCAAGGACAACACCAAAAUCGCUCUUCGCGCCAAAUUGGCCUCGCAAGCAGCAUAUCUCUACAGCCAGGCUCUGGAAGGAGUGCAAGAAAAUGUCACAAAGGCGCUCUUCGAGAAAGUCUGGCUGACAAUGGUCACCAUCAAGACAAGUCUCUUUACAUCCAUGGCACAAUACUACCAAGGUUUGGCGGACGAACAAGCCGGCCAGCACGGAAUUUCUGUGGCGCGCUUCCUGGUUUCUGAAGCUCUUGCCAAGGAGGCUGAUCGACUCGCCAAAAAUUUCCCCAGCAAUGUGCCUUCAAGCUCUAACCUCAGCGCCGACUGUGGUGCACAACUACAAGAAAUCUGCAAGCGGCAUUACUCUUCCGUUCAAGACAAAUACAAAGAAGCGCUUAAAGACAAUGACUACAUCUAUCAUCAAACUGUACCCGCCGAGGCCAGUCUCCCCGCCAUUGCCAAGCUUCCCGCAGCGAAACCGAUCCCUGUUAGUGAGCUGUAUGCGGGCCAAGAUAUCCAGCGCAUAACCGGACCCGACUUGUUUGCCAAGAUUGUACCAAUGGCCGUAACAGAAUCGGCUAGCCUUUACGAUGAGGAAAAGGCAAAGCUUGUCCGAGCCGAAACCGAAAAGGUCGACACUGCCAACGGCGAGAUGGCGGCCAGCUUAGAUUAUCUACGACUUCCCGGUGCGCUGCAGGUCCUAAAGGGUGGUUUUGACCGGGACAUCCCGCCAGAUGAGAAUUUCCGCCAAUGGUGUGAAGAUAUUGCCACUCACGACGAUCCCACCUCAAUACUUGACUUUUUGAGCUCGGAAAAGCGAGCCAUUAUCAAGAAGCUGGAGGAAAGCUCAACUUCUCUAGAUAGAGAGGAAGGUGUCUGCGAAAAAAUGCGGUCCAAAUACAAUGCCGAGUGGUCUCAACAGCCUAGCGCUCGCCUCACAACGACUCUACGAAGCGAUAUCCGAGGAUACCGUGAAGCGCUGGACGAAGCUUCUCGAAGCGAUGGCCAGCUGUCAAGUAAACUGCAGCAGAAUGAAGCCGAUUUCAACGAAAUGCGUGACGCUGUCAAUGCUGGACAGGUCGAUCAAAUGCUCCAAGAAGCCAUCUCGCGAGCACGAGGUCGUGGCAGCCAGGCCAACAGCCCUGCAGGUAUCGAGCCAAACCUGCUAGACACGGACUUUGGCGAGAGUGGACCAAGCGUCAUGGACCAGAUAGCCAUUAUCGAAGAUAUCCUCAAGAAGCUCAAUUCGAUUAAGCGCGAGAGAAACCAAGUGCUCAAGGACUUGAAGGAAAAGGCUCACAAAGAUGAUAUUUCUCAAGUAUUGAUUCUCAACAAAAAGUCCAUCUCGAAUUAUGAAAAUCAACUUUUCCAGCAGGAGUUGGAAAAGUUUCGGCCUCAUCAAACGCGUUUGUUGCAAGCCAACCAUAAGCAGUCGGCUCUCAUGAAGGAACUGACUUUGACAUUCAACGCGCUACUGCAAGAUAAGCGGGUGCGGUCAGAGCAGAGCAAAUAUGAGACUGUCCAACGGCAACGCUCUUCUGUCAUCAACCGAUAUAAGCGUGCGUACCAGGAGUUUCUCGACUUGUAUGCUGGACUACAGAGUGCCAAGAACUGGUAUGGCGAGAUGAGGGAGACUGUUCAGAGUCUGGAAAAGAAUGUCGAGACUUUUGUCAAUAAUCGCAGAGCAGAGGGUGCACAACUUCUGGACCAGAUUGAACGAGAAAAGUCGACAAAUCGCAGCAACCAAGCUACUCGUGAACAAGAGCGUCUUCGCGGUCUUAUGGAGCGCAUGUCGAUGGAGGGGACGAAAUCGCCGCCGCAAAAGUCGCGGCCAACUCCGAUUCCGCUGUUCCAGUCUGAACAAGCGCCACGUUAUGGGCAAGCAGUAGGAUUCCCGGGGCAAUUCACGGUGCCAAACUCACCGCCCGCUCACCAGCAGACGUAUGGUGGCUACUCAAGUCCAGCUCCGCCGGCCAGCACAUUCUCGCAGCCGGCCAGCACAUUCUCGCAGCCGGCUUACAACCCUAGCCAGUAUGGAGUUACGCCAGGACCGACAUCGCCUCCGUGGAAUCAGACUACAUUUGUCAUGAACACGAUGCGUCAAGGUCCACAGUCGCCGCCGGCGACGCAAACAUCAUUCGGGCAAAACCAGGCGCAAUUGUACGCGGGAUAUCACCAGCGGUCGUACUCGUCACAGUCACAGCAGCAACACACGGCGGCACCAUCGCACACGCAGGCGGGCUACGUGCCCCCGGGAUUCGUUCCGCCGCCGCCUCCACCCGGCCCGCCACCACUGGGGCCGCAGCAGACUGUGCAUUACGGAAACCAGGAUUACGACCCUACUGGGGGGCGUCCUCCAAGCUCACAGGCGCGGCAUGGCCAGCAGCCAAACGAUCCAUGGGCCGGGCUGAACGCGUGGAAGUAG